GCUCUCAUUGCAAGACAAGUUUAUGUUUGCUUAACGGAAAUUUAGUUGGAAGUAGCGGCAAGAAACGUAAGCAAUCAGCUACAAUCAAGGAAGAAAAGAAGCAAACAACUGGAGAUAUCAAGUGCAUCAGUUGUGGCCUAAAGGGUCAUUCUACUUCUCGUUCCCUCGAAUGGAAAAGUUGCCAAGGGUUAUACAGCCCAACUCGAACAAUUCUGCAAAGUCUUCAACUUCAAAAAGUUCGGUUUUAAAAGGUAAAACCUAUAGAAGAACUUCCUCAGCAAAAAUAUUAUCCCUAAUAGUAAACACACCCCUAUUUUUGCUUGUGGCAUAGUCUAACCGCUUUGAAGGAGAGUUCUGAUGUAAUGUUUCGAAACAUGGUUAGGUCGGACGGUUUUACUGUAGACUUUUUGUUCAGCCGCAAAAAAAAAAGCAAAAGAAGACAUGACCAUUCAUAAUUACACCUUGGCUUUGGAAGAAUUUUCUUAUGACGAAGUAGAAGACGAUUACAGACCCGCUUUCAUUGAUCCAGGCCGAAGAUCUAUUUUCACAGCGGCAAUAGGGCUGAAUCAUAGCAAACAUCAAAUUUCGUUAUACCAAAAUCAGGAACGUGCUGCCAACAACAUAGUCAAUAUGCUUGUUAAUGGAACCCACAAAAAGAAUACCGACAGAAUGGCCUUUUGUAAACGUAAAAAGAAGAAGAAGAAGAAGCAAAAGGUUCCAGAAGAGAAGGAAGAAGCAGAUGCGAGAGAAAACAAGUGGAAGCCUGAACCCUUUAGUGUAGGCGACACUAAAAAGAUCCCUCUGAUUGUAGUUGGUAAUGGCAUGAUCGGGAAGACUGCAGUGCCCAUUAAAGGCCAUAAGACUGGUGUCGUGGGAGUUCUUUGGCGUGCCUUGAAGCGAAGAGAGGCUGCUGGCGAUUUACUAACGAUAACAAUUGAUGAAUACAAAACCUCUCGAAUAUUCAAUAAUUGCUGUUCCAACAAUCUUGAAGCAUUGAAGACUGUUCCCGGCCAAUGUAUCCUUGCCUGCAAAACCUGUUCGAAACUUUGGAACCGGGACGUUAACGCUGCUAAAAAC